UAACGGAAACCAGGGCUGCCACAUCCAGCACAUGUUUAUUUCCGGAUUAAGCUCCCUUUGCGUUGUUUAUUUUGAAUUUCUGGGAUUUUGACCAUGUCGACAGAGCCUGCGGUGGCCAAGAAAGCAGUGCUGAAGCGUAGCGAGGCUCUGGCGGAGGACACGCCCCAAGUUCGGGGCUACGACUUCAACGAGGGCGUGGACUACAGUAGGCUCUUCGAGUCCUAUGUGAACACCGGCUUCCAGGCCACAAAUCUCGGCCUGGCCAUCCGUGAAAUCAACAGAAUGCUGGAUUGCAGGGACCAGCCACUGGAGGCCGAUCAAAUGGACAGCCAUGAGAGCGACGACUUCAUCAGGCGGAGGAGCAAGUGCACAGUCUUCCUGGGCUACACAUCUAAUUUGGUUUCAUCCGGCAUGCGGGAGACCAUUCGCUUUCUGGCCGAACACCGCAUGAUCGACUGCAUUGUGACCACAGCCGGCGGCGUGGAGGAGGACUUCAUUAAGUGCCUGGCGCCCACGUUUAUGGGCUCCUUUGAGCUGAGCGGCAGGGAUCUGCGCGAUCGGGGAAUCAAUCGGAUUGGCAACCUGCUGGUGCCCAACGACAACUACUGCAAGUUCGAGGACUGGGUGAUGCCGCUGCUGGACGAGAUGCUGGCGGAGCAGAAAUCCCAGGGAACUGUCUGGUCGCCUUCAAAGAUCAUCAAUCGCUUGGGCGAGCGUAUCGGGGAUCCCAGUUCUAUCUACUACUGGACAGCCAAAAAUCAAAUACCCGUAUUUUGUCCUGCCCUGACAGAUGGCAGCCUUGGUGACAUGAUGUACUUUCACUCCUUCCGGCAGCCUGGACUCGUGGUGGACAUCCUGUCCGACCUGCGAAGGCUAAACACCAUGGCCGUAAAGGCAGUCAACAGCGGGAUGAUCAUCGUGGGCGGCGGCGUCAUCAAGCAUCACAUCUGCAACGCUAAUCUGAUGCGGAACGGUGCGGACUACUCGGUGUUCAUUAAUACCGCCUCGGAGUUUGAUGGGAGCGACAGUGGCGCCCGGCCGGAUGAGGCCAUAUCCUGGGGCAAGAUCAGGAAGGAUGCCACACCUGUUAAAGUAUAUGCCGAGGCCAGUUUGGUCUUUCCAUUGAUUGUGGGCGAAACCUUUGCCAAGCGACACCAUUACGCCGGCAAAGAGUUGCCCCGAGAGACUAACCAAGUGUAAAUAUAUAUACGAGAAAACAAGGACAACGCAAUCAACGCAAAUGUACAGAUGUAACUUAUUAAGGAACGGUGCUGGGCCGCAGAUGGGUUGUAUUGCGAGUCCGGAAUGGGAGAAUGGGAGUCCCCAAAGUGUUAUGCCCCGCCCAGAUGCAAACUGUCCGGGCAGGAAGCCAUUAAGCGUCGUCGGAGAUGUUAGCUGCAUGUGAUAAACACCACCACCGGCAGCAGCACUGCACUCGGGCACCUCCAGUGGGCAAUUCACAUUCCGCCGUAAUGGUUCUGCCGGAGUCGCUUUAGUGCCGCAAAAAUGCAACUUUUGCCGGCGGCCGCAGAUGCCAUGUAUACUCCUCCUUCUUGCCAUAGUUUUACGCAAAUAUUCCCUUACUUCUGGCCUUAAUUGUUUGCGCAGUUCGGUCUUGUUGGCCGGAAAUUGCCCGGGACGGAACAGUGCAUCCGCAUAAGCCCACGAAAUUUGUCAUUAAUUUUAUGCCACUAAUGUAAGCGCUCGGCUUCCGUCACUUCCUGAAAAUUUCCUCCAUUUUGGCCAACCAAACUUUGACUGUCUGUACGCAUCAUUAAAGCCAAGCGAAAACUUUUUUCGCACA